AUGGCCACUGACAAGGAAACACCCGAGGCAAUGGUCAGCUCUUCCCCCGAAGAUGUUGACCCAGUCGCAAAGAACAAUGAAGAGAUAUUGAAAGAAUCUUGGUCGAGACGCUCACUCAUCAUAGCGUACACCAGUCUGUUCGCUGCUACCUUUAUCCUAUCGUUUAUCAAAUAUUCGACAAAAGUAUACGAUGCAUAUGCCACAAGCUCAUUUUCGAAGCAUGCCGCGCUUACGACAGCGAAUGUGGUAUUCGGAAGAGCUGAAGGUUUCGCCUUGUCAAUCACAACCAUGGUGCUUGGUCAAGUACUGUACGCUGCGUGCCAAGACGUGGGUACAUAUGUGGCUGGGGGAAUUUUCGAGGCCAUUGGCGAUACUGGUUACGCAGUAAUGCAACAAAUAUUCAUUGCUGACACAACCAACCUGCUGAACCGCGGCCUUUGGUCAUCAUUACCAGAGUCCGUCACUGCCAUACCAACAUUGUAUCUGGGUACCAUCGUGGCGGACCAGGUCCUAGCCGAAUCAACGUGGCGAUGGGGAUACGGCAUGUGGGCACUCAUACUCCCUUUCUGUUCUGUACCCCUAGUUGUAACGAUGUAUAUCCUGCAACGUCGGGCAAAGAAGAAUGGAUACAUGAAGAGUUCCCUAUGGAGCGCUGCCGACGUAGAGAACACCUCUCUUCCGCACCGUCUUCGCCAGUUGUUUGUCACCGAGCUAGACCUUUUCGGUGCUUUCCUUCUGGUGGUUGGGCUUGGCCUUACUCUCAUUCCCUUGACUCUGACAGGAUCCAAGAACAGCGACAAAUGGCAACAGGGAUCAUUCAUUGCCAUGCUAGUGGUGGGAAUCGCCAUCACGAUUGCAUUUUUUGUAUGGGACGUCAAGUUUGCUGCCAAGCCGUUCGUUCCGUUUCGCAUGAUCCGUGAGCGGACAGUCGUGGCGGCGUGUCUACUAUCCAUCCUGGAUUUCUUUCACUACUCUUGUUUCACCAUAUUCUUCCCGAGCUAUCUUCAAGUUGCCGGAGGCUACUCUGCAGGCCAUGCCUCGCGUAUUGAUAACGCCCUUCGUGUCACAUUCCAGAUUUCCUCUGUACUAGUAGGCCUCGCUAUGAAGUACUCAAAGCGCUCUCAGAUCUUCGUCUUCAUUGGCGUGCCCCUGUGCGUUCUUGGCCAGGGCCUUCAGAUCUACUUUACAAACAUGCAUGGAACCCACGCGGCCAGUGAAAUCUGCUUUAUUACUGCCAAGACACUCGUCGGUCUGGGACGCGGGUUCUACCAGACGGCAGCCCAAGUCUCCAUACAGUCGCUGGUCCCUCGCGAAGACGUUGCCGUCGUCACAGGUGUCUAUUUUGCUGCCAUGAAUUUUGGAGCUGCGAUUGGAACCAGCGUGAGCGGUGCAAUCUGGAACUCCUUGCUUCCUGCAAAACUGACGGAAUAUCUCCCCGAGGAGGCGAAACCCCAAGCUCAAGCCAUAUACAAAUCAAUCACGGUGGCCAAAAAGUAUGCCCAAGGGACCAUUAUUCGUGCUGCAAUCGAUCAAGCAUACAGAGAAACACAACAGCGCUUGGCAAUUGCAGCCACCGCUGCCCUUGCACCGAUGCUUCUGAUCAUGUUUUUCUUGAAAAAUGUCGAUCUGUCGGUCAAGAAGUAA